CACAUCUCAAAGUCAUUAUUAUUUUAAUAACAGUCUUUUAUUUCCAAAUUCAGGAAAUGAUCCCAACUCACGAAACUCUACAAAGUUUACUUCAGAUGAACUCAACCUCCUCUAGUCAAAGUGAAGAGGGUCUUCAGAUACCAUCCCACACCAGUCAACACACACCGUCACUCAUUCCUCCGGAUAAAGUGCUAACUAAACAAAGUGCCAUCCAAUUACUCAAACUUCAGCCUACUGGUCAGCUUUGUCCUCCUGCAAGGUGUCGAGAAGCAUGGGUGCAAUCUCAACCAGACCUUAAUGUUACCAAACAACCGUAUGAAAACCAGACUGCCCCCAAACACAUAAAUCUCAGAUAUUGUGACUCUAAAGCUUUAAAGAAAGGUAAAGAGAAGAAAGCCAGGUGGACGGAUGUCACAUCCAGUAGGCCUGGCAAACAAUUUCAUCUGAAUCAGGUAGCAGCCUGUGAUCAGCAGUACAUCCCUGACAGACAUCAAGGUCAGCAGAGAGGAUGUAGCUACCCUCCUUUCCCUCUGCUUCAGCACCAUCUUCAGGAUCUCUCUUCUCAAGUGAGGCCACUGCUACACCUUUAUCCUGCUCAGCAUUUACUUUCAAGAAGCUCGGUGUUUCAAGCAAUUAAGACAACUUCUCAGAGUAAAUGGGAAAUACCCCAAGCUGCUGGGGUCCGUGCAGAUAUCUGUCAUGCUAAUAUACCACCUUUGAGGUCAAGCAUGCCUCAACUUAAAGAGGUCUACCCGCCUGUGCCAACUACCAGCCUUAUCCCAGUAUCGAAAUUGACUGCAUUUGAACAAAGAAAUGAGGCAGAGAGACUCCAAAGACAACAAACUGGAUGGUGGCAGCUUCUUGAAAGGGGUGAUUUGCCAAAUCACCAACAAAUCUCAAAGAGAGAAAGAUGUAAAAAGAAGCAACAUGAACAGUCACAGAAGAAAGAAACAGGGCCUCAUCUGUUCACUGUGGAAGACUCAGCUACUAAAACAGAAGAGAAGGUUGCAGGAGGGAGCCUUCAUCCUCCUGCACAACACAUCACUCUAACUGAGAACACAGACUGUAAGCCAUCAAAUGCUGACCUGGGAGACGGAUUUAUUAUUCCACCAGGGUCCUUUGACUCUCUGUUGCAUGAUCGAAGCAUACUUACGGGAUGUUUGCCUACCUCUGCUGAACUGCACUGCUUUGCUUCAAUAAGCAAAAGACCAGCAGAUACAAGCCAUGCUGCCACAAACACUGACCCAGUUCCAUCUUUUGCUGCUAUUGGAACAAACACAGAAAUUGUAGCCUUGACGAUUCACCAGCCAAUUUCUGCAAUAUCAUAUAAAGAUGCUGAAACUGAAACAGAGCCAUCCGCACAUUUUGGAAAAAGACCCAGGGCUUCAGCAGAGGAAACAGCGUCGCCUGCCAUGCUGCCACCCGAUGUUUUUCUAAAUCUAAGAUUUCCAGCAGUGUCUGAACAGGAAAUGGCAUCUGCAAAAUUCAUUGAUCCUGCAAUCGAUAUGGAUCCCGCUGGACGGCAGUUUUUAAGUGUGAUCGAUAUUGAUGCUGCAGAGCUGAUAAAGGAUUUGACUUUGUCUCCAGAGCCCUCAGCUUUAGUUUCUCGAUGUAAAAUUAGGUCAUCAGAUUCUGAUCUCCAUCUUGUGGCUGCUUCUGAAGUAAAUAUUGAUCCUUCUGGUUUGGUCCCAGUUGAUAACAAACAUGACUUCAUCACUGCAGCUUUUGAAGAAUCUGAUUCUUCAGUUUCACCAGAAUUUCCACUGAUAAAACCCAGUUCUUUAGACCCUGGAGGUGAACCAACCAAAUGGUUUCUGUCACAGGAUGACACCAUGAUUGGGUUAUUGCCACAGUCUUUAAGCCAAUCUGUGAUCCACAAGCAUGUUGCUACCAAACUCUCAGAGAUGGACAUUCAGCUGACUGCAUUGCAGAAUAUUGCUAAGGACAUGGAACUGGAGUUUUCCAACACCCGACUGCUGGUGAAUAAAAUUGAAAUGUUUGGUGCAGUCAUCAACCCAGAACUGAAAACAGAGAAUGAGUGUGAGCUGAGGAUUUUACCUGAGCAAGAAGCAUCAGUAUGUCCGAGUCCUGUCUCUGAAUUGACAGAUCUGAUGGAGGAAGCAGGGAAGCAUCUCCUUCCAGAGUCUACUUUUGCACCCGUUAUCCCUGCAGUCCCAGAAGGACGCCCUCCUUCCAUUAAUGAAAACAUUUCAAGUGCUCAGUAUCUUGACGAGAUUUCUGAUCCUGUUUUCCAAGUCACACAGAGCAGUAGUGCAAAAGAAGUCCUCAGUGGCAAUCUGGUCCAUCAUAGGGCCGGCACAGAUCCACAGAUGUUUACAACAGAAACUGAAAUGUCCACAGAAACACUGGAUGCUUUCCACCUGACAGGAUUAAGUGAUGUUGCUGACAUUCUUGGUGAUCUGCUCACCGAAAGUGGAGUUGCUGCCUGUGAACUCGGCCUGUCUGAAGCACAAGCUUGCAAGCUGAUGAGAAUGCAUGAGAAUCAAACCAGCCAGCCGUGCCACACAGUAACCAGAAGUGAGCAGGAGAGACGAGAGAUCAGGGAAUGGAUGAGAAGAAAACGUCAGGAGAGACAAGCAGAAUAUCGCAAAGAACAAGAGAAGCAAAAAGAGCAAGAGCACUGUCCAUCCAUGGCUGCAGCUAAAAGAAAUGUCAGGUCUAAAGAAACAACAUCAAACAAGAAAAUGAAAGAAGGCAGCAAUAGGAUGGAUCUGUCAAAGAAUCACAUUAAAAGGAAGAGGGAAGCCAUACAUUUAAUGAAUGAAAUUCUGUCUGAUACUGUGGAACUGACUGCCAGACCUCUGCUCUCCCCAAAAGAUGCAUCUAUGAAGUCAAAGCCAAAGGUGGCAAAGGGAGGGAGUAGUGUGAGCUGUAACCAGUCUCUUCAUCCAGCAUGCCGUGGUACUUCUAGUCUAAGUCAAACAAGAUCGACUACCACUUCUCCUGGCAGAGUUACACAAAUAUCAGGCUCAUCGACUCGAAUAUUACCUAGAAAAGCUGAGGAUAAAGGAAGGCCUAGCAGUACACACACUCCUGGUAGGCAAAUGGUUGCAGUUUAGAAUUAUAAAACAAUGAUCUGCAUUUAAAUGUUAUAUAGGUAGAAGAGCAGAACCUAAGGAUUCAAGAU